AUGCCUUACACGCCCGAGACCCGAGAGGCACUUCCAGGCGCGCAGUCGCCGUACGGCUACACACCUACUCAAUGGAUCUGUAUACUAUUUGUUGCGCUGUACUCCAUAACCACAAUCCUCCAUGUCGGCCAAGCGACGCGUGCCCACAUUUGGUGGCUGUUCCCCACUGCCGUGCUCGCAGGUAUCGCGGAGAUAAUCGGCUGGAGCGGACGACUGUGGUCUUCAAUCACUCCUACGGACUUGAAUCCGUACUUGAUGCAGAUUACAACUACGAUCAUCGCACCCACGCCGCUCGUCGCUGCCAACUUCAUCCUCCUUGGUCAGAUCAUCAACAUAUUGGGAUUGCGCUAUAGCCGAUUGAGUGCCGCUUGGUACACCAUCCUCUUCCUUGCAUGUGAUAUCAUCGCACUCGUCGUCCAGGCUGUAGGCGGAAGCAUAGCAUCUACAGCCGCCGAACAGGGUACCGACCCCGCGAAGGGCGGAAACAUCAUGCUCGGCGGUAUCGUCUUUCAGCUCGUGGCCAUCGUGGCCUACAGUGUUCUCGCGGCCGAGUUCCUCACGCGGUACAUCAUGGACAGGCCGAUCUCCGGCCACGAGUUCGCAGACCCUCAGAGUCGUCGUGUCAAGACUCCUCUGAAGAUGAAGCUCAUGUUGUCUGGCAUGGCGCUCAUGACCGUCCUCAUCUUCAUCCGGUCUGUCUAUCGUACCUGCGAGCUUGCCGAUGGUUGGACAGGACCCGUCAUUCAGAAGCAGGUGUUAUUCAACGUUUGUGACGGAGCCAUGAUCGUCCUUGCGAUGUUCACACUGAACGUCUUCCACCCAUCGCAUCUAUUGUACCCCGCCAAAGAAGAGAUGCUUUUAGCAUACGGCGCGUCCGGAGUCGCGCAGAAGACUGCGUCUGACGAGUCUGACGCAACUGUCGUGGGCCAGUCUACCGCAGAGAAGACCACUUAG